AUGCGACUACAGUUGUUAGAAAGUGAUCUAUUGUCAGUAGCGCAAUGUGAUAUAACAGUGGCCCAGUAUUUUCACAAGGUGAAGUCGAUAUGCCGUGAAAUUUCAGAAUUAGAUCCAACAGCUCCAAUUGGAGAAACCAGGAUAAAAAGAAUAAUCAUUCAUGGUUUGAGACCUGAAUUUAGAGGCUUCAUUGUUGCAGUACAGGGAUGGCCAAAUCAACCAUCACUUGUUGAGUUUGAAAAUUUGCUUGCUGGUCAAGAGGCCAUGGCUAAGCAAAUGGGAGGAGUCUCGCUGAAGGGUGAAGAGGAAGCACUCUACACCAUUAAGAGCAGAGGGACCUACAAGCAACAUGUCAUUAGUGGAUCUAAAAGGAAUGAUGAGAAGGUGAAAAAUCAUCAAGGAGAGGGGAGCUCUCGUCCAGGAGGAGCUUCAAAGAAUCAUGGCAACAGUAAAAGGUUUGAAGGGAAGUGUUACAAUUGUGGAAAGAAGGGUCACAUGUCAAAAGCUUGUUGGUCCAAGAAAAGGUCUAUGGAGAGCAGCACUGCUACUUCCAAUACAAAGGAGAAAAGCAAAGAUGACUGGGAUGCUAAAGCAUUCUUUGCUACAGAAGAGGAGGAGUUAGCUCUCACUGUAACAACAUCUGAAUAG